AGGCCUCUGCUGCAUGCUAGUACUACUCCCUAUUUACUACCCGCAGUCUUUUCCAAUUCUUUCUCAUCAUUUUCUCCCAAAACCUUCUCUGUUACUAUAUAUUUCUUCUUUCUGUAACCCUUGCAAAUCCAUUUUCUGCUAAUCACCAUUUGAAGAUGCAAGAAAACAAAAUGUCGAGCAAAAGACAGAGUGAAGAUUUUUCAGCAGAAACGCCAAGGAAGAAACCAACUAGGGCUCUAAGAAUCCAAACUGAUUCAGAUGAGGAAGUUGGUAUUGAAGAAAAAGUUUGUUAUUUUCGGGUUCUGUUGCCAAAUGGUAUAACUUUGGAGUUGCAAGUACCUGAACCGCCCACUGAAAUGCCGGUUGAGGACUUUAUCAUUGUAGUGAAGCGAGAAUGCAUAAAAGUUGGGGGAAGAACAGAGUUCGGCCUGAAGUCCAAAAGACAGAUUUAUUGGACGAGCAAGGAUUUGCAUUUUGUAGAUGCUUUUGAGAACAAGAUAACAAAGACGUUGGAUUUCAGGAAUUUUAAGCCUAAUUACAAGUCUCAUAUGUUAAGGCUUUGUGAUGGUUCAGCCGAAGCAGAUAAAUAUGAGAAUAUGUGGGAUCUUACGCCGGAUACUGAUUUGUUGAAGGAGCUACCCGAAGAAUAUACUUUUGAAACUGCACUUGCAGAUUUGAUUGAUAAUUCAUUGCAGGCUGUAUGGUCUAAUCAUGCAAACCAGAGGAGAUUAAUAAGUCUAGAGUUAACUGAGAAGAGGAUCACAAUAUUUGACACAGGCCCUGGUAUGGAUGGAAGUGCUGAAAACUCUAUAGUCAAGUGGGGAAAGAUGGGAGCUUCUCUUCAUAGAUCAUUGAGAUACAGAGGCAUAGGAGGAAAACCUCCAUACUUAAUGCCUUUCUUUGGUAUGUUUGGUUAUGGAGGACCUAUUGCAUCUAUGCAUUUGGGAAGACGAGCCUCAGUUUCUUCAAAGACAAAGGAGUCUAAGAAAGUAUUUGUGUUACAUCUUGAGAGAGAAUCUCUGAUUAGCUGUUCUUCUUCUCAACACACUUGGAGGACCGAUGGAAGUGUUAGAGACCCCUUGGAAGAUGAGAUUCGAGAAUCAACUGAUGGUAGCUUCACUAAAGUUGAAAUUUUUCAUCCAAAGAUGAGAAGCGAAAGCAUACAGCAGUUACAAUACAAACUGAAGGAUAUAUACUUCCCUUAUAUUCAGUGUGAUGAAGUGUCAAAUACAGGAAGAACCAUAAUGCCUAUUGAGUUUCAGGUCAAUGGCACUAAUUUAGCAGAAAUUGAAGGUGGAGAGGUGGCAACCACAAACUUAAAGUCCUGCAAUGGUCCUGAGUUUGUAUUACAACUUAGAUUUCAUGUAAACGAUACCAAUGUAAAAGUUGGUUCAGGAAAGAGAUCACCCCUAGAAGCAAAUGCUCGCCUGAAGUGUGUUUAUCUUCCAGUGGUGCAGGGUAAAGAGAGUAUUGAGGUGAUAUUGGAAAAGCUAGAGGCGGAUGGAUAUGGAAUUACAGAGAAUUUUGAAAGUUUUAGUCAUGUUUCUGUCCGGCGGUUGGGUCGUCUACUUCCAGAUUGUCGAUGGACUUGGCUUCCCUUCAUGGAACCUAAGCUAAGAAAGGGUGAUAAGGCUGAAGUCUUGAAGAGAUGCUGCUUUAGAGUAAAAUGUUUUGUAGAGACGGAUGCUGGUUUCAACCCAACACCAUCAAAGACUGACUUAGCCCAUCACCAUCCUUACACCAUUGCAUUAAGGAACUUUGGCAACAAGCCUUCUGAGAAAGAGAAAGAUAUUCAUGUUGAGAUAUCCAAAGAUGGAAAAAAGGUGACUCUCUUGCAAGUGGAGAAGCAAUAUCAGGACUGGAUAAUUCAGAUGCAUGAGCGCUAUGAUGAGGAGGUUGACUGUGGAGAGGAUCAACCUACUUUUGUACUCAGCCCUUCGCACAAGAAAGAGCUUGGUGUUUCUUCAGAUGUUAUGAGAAUUCAUAAAGUUUUACGAAGGAAAGGAAUAACUUGGAAAUCAGGGCAGAAGAUUAAAAUUUUGAAGGGAGCUUGUAGGGGUUUCCACAAGAACAAUGUUUUCGCCACAUUAGAAUAUAUUAUUCUUGAAGGAUGUCAGGGGGAAUCAGGUGGCGAGGCUCGAAUUAUCUGCAGGCCAUUAAACGUCCCUGCUGAGAACGGUUCUCGCCUUAUAGUUGAUAAAGGGUGUGCUAGCAUAGAAAUCCGUGACUCAAAAUCUUUGCCGAUUAGUGUGAUCGACACCGGAAAGUGCUUAUCUGUUGAUAUUACGGAAUGGGAGAACCAAAUCUUGAAACAGCAAGAGAAAAGCACUCCAUCGUCAAUUGACAUCUUAAAUGCCAAGCAAUGUGAAGACUUGGGCAUUGAGGGGGCACUACCUCAGGAUGUUGUUGAUGCUGGACAUGAACCUCCUGAGGAGAUUGUUGCCGUUGUUCGUCCAGCUUCUUUUAGUUCUAUUACUGCAUCCGCAAGUUUGGAUCAGAAAUACAUCAUGAAAGAAAAUUUUCAGAUGACUCUAGAGGUCAAAUUUGAAGCAGAAGCGGACAGGAAACAACUUGGUCAUAUUUACUCUGGCCGAUUGACUCCUUCGUCGCGUAAAGGGUUUAACGGUCUAUAUAUAUUCCCCCUGAAGGAGAAGUUUCCAGAGAUAUUUCAGAAAGCAGGCGUUUACCUAUUUCAAUUUUCUCUUCAAGACAGUUGUACAAAUUUUGAAAAGGAAGUGCGUGUUAAAGCAUUGUCCGAGGCUGCUAGUUGGAAACUUAUAAGUGAUGGGAAGACUACACUCAAUGUAAGGGUUGGUUCUUUUUUUCCAGAGUUUUUGUGCGUUGCAUGUUAUGAUAGAUUUUCCAAUCGUAUUCCAUUCAAGUUGCACACAAAGAUAAAGAUGAAGUUAAGUUCUAGUGCCAAUGUUGUUGAGUCCAAGUGCCACUAUGAUCAAUUCAUUUCACGUGACAGAUAUACGAUGAAGUUUAAGAAUGUAAUUAUUGAAACUAGUGACUUGGAUAAGAUUCGACCAAGUUAUGAAGCUACCUUACAUAUAUGUUCAAAGGAUGACCCGGUUUUAGCAGCUAUUCCUUGUACAGUUAUUCCUGGACCUUUGCAACGCGUCCUUCUGCAUCCUGUAGAUUUUGGCAAGAAAUUGGUUCCAGGAAUGAUCAUUAAGGAGCUUGCUUUGGAGACAUUUGACAAGUAUGGUAAUCAUAUGAGAAAAGAUGAGCACAUCAAGCUGAUGCUGGAAGGAUUAUGUUUACUAGAAAAAGGAGAUUGCUUUCUGAAGGUGGACAUUCAUGGGUGUGUAAACCUUGAUGGAACCUUGAAGGUUACAGCAGGAUAUGGUAGACCUGUUUUCCUUUCUAUUUUUUCUGGCGAUGAUGUAGUUCUCAAGAAAGAGUUCCAAACUGAAGAGAGAUGGUUGCGAGUUGCAUCCAAGGUACCUAAAGUUUGUGCCGCUGGUUCUCAUUUGGAAGAUAUUGUCUUUGAGGUCAUAAAUUCUGCUGGUGAAGUGGAUGAAGAUAUCCAUGAUGAAGAGGAAAAUGGCCACUCUCAUACGCUUCUGAUAAGGCAGGACACAUUGAGGGGAGAAGACAAUGUGAAAUACAGCUUCUAUCAUGGACGCUGCAUUGUCCGCUCCGUUCCUCUUCCAAAGAAUGAAGGGCUUUUCUGUUUUGUAGCCAGUCACUCUCGUUUCCACGAGCUGCAGACAAGCAUAGAGGUGCAUGUUGAGAAGGCGGUAAACGAUGAGCAUGAAAUUCCCCAACCUAGAAAUCGAAAGAAAGAGCUUAUGCUUCUUGAGGAUUCAUAUUAUUCAAAAGCCCCAGGAAUUGUGUAUGAUCACACCUAUGAUGAUUUUUCUGAUGGAAGUAUAUUGCUCUUGAAGGAUCCAUGUGCUUCCGCAGAACUGGAAGGAAGACUACAAAACCAACUUGAAAAGAAACUUGUGGAUGAUAUUUGCAAGUGUGGUCUAAGCAUCAACAAGUGUGACGCAAAUCUGGAAAUACUUCGCUUUAGGGAAUCAAAUAUUGUGCUUGAGAUGUCCAACUUGGGAGCAAAGAUCGGUCCUGAUUCUUUUCACGACUUAGGCUACAAUAGAAACAUGGUUGUGGAGAGGAUUGAAGGAAAGGCUGACACUGCAGCUGCUGUUGUCCACAAGCUCCUCAGAUCACCAAUAUCGAAACAGCUACAUCUUCAAUAUGCUAAUGACAUACUUGGUGUGGUUGCACUGCUUGGAGAGGUUCAGACCCAUAAGCUUAGCAGCAUGUUUUCAGCAUAUCUAGGAGAAGAUCAAAUGCUUGCUGUAGUAUGCAAAUCCCGUGCAGCUGCCAGAGCUCUUGAAAAGUAUCAAAUGGAUGGAAAUGUGAAUUGCGCCAGUCCUCUUGACAUAUUAGCAGCUAAGCUUGGAAUUUCCAUCAACGGUCGAUAUUUGGUUAUAUGCCUUGAGGAUAUAAGACCAUAUACACGAGGAGUCAGCAGUGAUCUCCAACGAGAACUUGCUCUUCCGCUCCCUACUUUAUCCAACGGAGAAACUCCCCCGGGCUUUGUGGGGUAUGCGGUUAAUAUGAUAUUUCCUCCUGCAGAGCAUUUGCAGUUGAGAACUGCUUCAGGUCAUGGUCUUCGCGAGACAUUAUUUUAUCGCCUGCUUGGUAAGCUUCAGGUAUACGAGUCUAGAGAGCACCUUUACAUGGCAAGUUCCUGCAUAGAAGAUGGUGCGGUUUCCUUGGAUGGUGGAAUGAUGAGAGGGAAUGGAGUUGUAUCUGUUGGAUUCGGGGAACCAUACAUUCUAUUUCCAGUCAUCUGUCCGGAAAGCCAGUUACCACUCUCUUCUGACAGAGUGGAGAUAUUGAAGCAACUUGAAGAAAAGAAGCUGGAGCUAAGUCGAAUGCAAGAUCAGAUAAAGGAUGAGAAUAGGCGUAGAGAAAAGUACACGAGGAAGUUGGCCAAAAAGCUCGAGUAUAAAAAGCAGAUAGAAGAGUUGGGAUCUCCACCUGGAAUGUACAGCACUGACAUGUAUAUCAGCAGUGCUCCUCCUUGAUGCUGGUUUUGCUUCUUCUGAGGCCUAUACAUGUAAUUACUUGAAACAUAGCCUCUUAUGUUUAUUUAUGUUGGAGACUUCCCUUUCUGGAACAUAUUUUUGGUCUGCUUCCAUGGCAUCUUUUGGUGAGAAAUACAGGGUAGUUUACUGUACAUCAGUUGUGUAGGAAUUUCAGAAGUGAAUUACAGCAUUGUGCAAUCAGCAUCUCUUGUAUAGCCCCAUUAUAGUUCUCUUUUGUAAAGUAAUUAAGGAAUUAUUUACUGAUCUUAUUUUGGAAAGGAUUUCACUGAACAGCUACCUCUCGUUCCGUUUUGGGAUAUGCUUGUAUGUAAGAAUAACUAACUGUUUGCCCUUUUAGCCUUGGAAAACAUAUAAUAUACAGUUAUACUGGGAUGAAUUGUUGCUA